AUGGAUCUUGAUGAUGCUGGCGACUUGUUAAUGAACGAAGCCGAUAUUCUGGCGUCUACAGAGCCGUUCACCCAGCCAGCCGUACUACUAGCAAGCGUUCACAAUGGCAUCACUGGCAGCAGUGUGCGCAGAGGACCCACACCCACUUCGUCAAUACCACCAGCUCUGAAGGGCAGUGGCAUCAAAGUAGACCGAUCGUUGGACUCAAUCCUUGAUCCGCGUCAGGACCGACCGCGACCUGCAAAGUUCUCCAAGCUACCAUAUGCUACCGCUCAGACUGGACUUGUGUACGAUGUGCGCAUGCGAUUUCACGUGGAAGCCUAUCCGACGGAUGAUGAUGUACACCCCGAAGACCCUCGUCGUAUCCAUGCCAUUUACGAAGCACUCCGUCAAGCUGGACUGGUGUGGUCGACAACCUCGGAGAGUCCAUCCAGCUACUACAUGGGCCGCAUAGACGCUCGUGAGGUGACCGAAGAAGAAGCACGUCUGGUUCAUACGAAGAAACACUGGGACUGGAUCGCAUCAAUAGCCGACCUCGACAUCGAACAACUUGGGAAGGAAAGGCAGCACGAAAAGCAGGACACCAUGGACUCUGUUUACCUCUCGACGAACACCCCCCUUUGUGCCCGUCUGUCAGCCGGUGGCGCUAUCGAAGCCUGCCGCGCGAUAAUGCAAGGUAAGGUCAAGAACGUCUUUGCCAACAUUAGACCUCCAGGCCAUCAUGCGGAACGGGAAGAUGUCAAAGGCUUCUGCUUUUUCGACAACGUUAGCAUAGCCACGAAAGUGUGCCAAUCCGAAUACGGUGAGAAGUGCCGUAAAGUUCUUAUACUCGACUGGGAUGUCCACCAUGGCAAUGGGAUACAACAAGCGAACUAUGACGAUCCGAAUGUGCUAUAUAUCUCGUUGCAUGUACACAAAAACGGCCAUUUCUAUCCUGAGGGGUCGUACCGCGAUCAACGCAUGUUCUAUGGCGACCAUCUACAUUGCGGCGAGGGAACAGGGUUGGGUACAAACGUCAACAUUCCGUGGCGGACACAUGGCAUGGGAGACGCCGAUUACAUAUAUGCCUUCCAGCAGGUCGUUAUGCCGAUCGCGACAGAAUUCGACCCAGAUCUAGUCAUCAUUGCCGCCGGCUUCGAUGCAGCGGACGGCGAUAUGUUAGGUGGUUGCCAUGUCACUCCAGCUGGCUAUGCGCACAUGACUCAUAUGCUUAUGUCGCUUGCGGACGGCAAGGUGGCGGUGUGCUUGGAAGGCGGCUACAAUCUCGAUUCGAUCGCACGUUCAGCAGUGGCAGUGGUAAGGACGCUCAUGGGCGAACCGCCGGAUCGACUGCAAGAAGUCAACCCAACGAAGACUGGUGUGGAUGAUACAAAGCUAGUACUGCGGCAACAGAGCAAGUUCUGGUCGUGCCUGUAUCCCAAGGAUAUGUCCGAGCGGCUUGCUGGCCCACAGCACGGCGAAAGGAUGCAUGAUGUUGUGCGGAAGUGGCAGGCGACCACUUUGUGGGAAGAGCAUGAGAUGUCGCCGCUAUUCAUACAUCGACGACAGCUUUCGAAGUCUUUCGAGGAUCAAGUACUUGCGACCCCAAAUUACAUGGACGCAUGUCCACUCCUGGUUAUCCUACACGAUCCUCCAGAAGUCCUAGCAUCGCCAGACCCUCGAACAGGCAGGAUCGACCUGCACAACACCUGGCUGACCUAUGUCUCUUGGGCCAUCAGCCAAGGCUUCGCAGUCAUCGACGUCAACCUCCCAAAGCACGUUACAUCAGGCGAAGACAGCCAAGAGCACGAGGACACUGACGAUGUCGUUUACCGCACUUCCGAAGCUACACAACUACUAACAUACCUAUGGGAAAAUUACAUCGAAGUCAACGAAUCCACUCACGUCUUCCUCAUGGGCACCAACAUCGGCCACGGAGCAAUCAUAAACUUCAUCAAAGGCAACGAGGAUCGAGCAGAAGAACGACUGACCCGCGCCAUCUCUUUCGUCGAAGAUGUCCCGUUCCAAAGCUGUAGGUCAGCGACGAACGAGGACCUUGCGAAAUGGUAUUACGGCGCCUCCUUGGUGUUUGUGGGUGCAAAGCAUGAUUUCUGGACGAGCGAGUAUGCACGUAAGCCGAAGAAAAGAUUUGGACGAAUGAGCAAGAGUGAGGAGGCCACCAUUAGUGAUAUGUUGAUGGCGCAUAUAGAUGAGGUGACGAGGACACUUGCGAACGAUACGGUGGGCUGGCGGACAGCAGCAGUGGCGAGGCCUGCAGUAGAGGAGGUAGAUGUUGUCGGUAUUACGACACCUGAGCCGCAACGUGCGCCGCCUGUGGCGAAUUUUGCGCUUUCGCCGCGAGCACAGGAUUUAAGUACGAGUGCGGCGGGUUCGCCGUUGCGAGGAGGAACGAGGAGUCCACGGGCGAGUAGUCCGCCGAAGAUGCCUCCUAUGGCGAAUCUUGCAUUGGCGAGGAAUGGGCAGCCGAGGAGUCCGGCGAGGUGA